UAAGACCGAGGCGGCAAACGGCGGUUUCUUCAAAGUAAGGGCCUUCUCUCCCAGUCAAUUCAUCGUUCCACCACCCUUAAACGACACCGUUUCGAAACUCCUGGCAUGGCUUCAAUGGAUUGCUCUCUGAAGAUGUCAUCAACGGUGGCCUCUAUCAUCCCUUCACCCAAAACCCAUCUGUGUAGCAAUUCCAGGUUUCGUCUCCAACCCUGUUCAAACAUAGCUCACGCCUCUGUUUCUUGCUCUGCUUCACGCCGGGCUGAGUCAAGUUCAGUUGGAGAUGUGCAUAGACGAAGAAGCAGUCUUGAAUCUCUAUUUUGUUAUGAUAAGCCUAUACCAGAAGAGAUCAUUGAGAAGCCGAUUGGUUUAUCUUUGGCUGAAAAAGUAAUUGGAGAUAAUCCCCGCUGCAUUGAUUGCCAAGCCAAAGGGGCAGUCCUUUGUGCCACUUGCUCCGGUUCAGGUUUAUAUGUUGACUCCAUUUUGGAGAGCCAGGGGAUAAUUGUCAAAGUCCGGUGCUUAGGCUGUGGGGGAACCGGUAACAUUAUGUGCUCGGAAUGUGGUGGUCGAGGUCACCUUGGACUUAAAUGACUUGCUGGGUUUGUUUUCAUCCCUUUCUUUGAUUGUGGCCUUGUGUUUUGUAUCCCCUAGUGUGACAUUGCAGAUUGAAUUUAAGUUUAUUGAAGUCAUGCAGCUCUUAAUAUUUAUUUUUUAUUUUUAAUCCCAUGGGCUCCAAUUUGUUGUGAAAUUUCAUGAGUUUUAUAUUUAUGUAUGUAACUCAAUUCAUUCCUGUGAAUGGCUUAUUUUUUUUCCAA